UGUAAAUGGGCUUGCAAUAAGGUUGACUUGUGUGGCCCGUAUGCAGUUGUGAUUCAAGAGGAGCCUGGCAGCAUAAAUUUUAUUUGAGAAUUGCUUGUGUUCAUUUGAUUUCAUAUUUACAUGAUAAAUGUGUGUAGAUGCAUCGAAAGAGGAGCCCAGGGAUUAUUAUUUUUAUUUCCCAUUGUUCUUCUAUGUCUGGGUGAUUCUUUCGUUAUGCUGUUGGGUGCUAUCCACACAACAGAUCUUUGUUAUUUUGACAUAUGUUAGGGGCUGCAAGCCUGUCAUGAACUCUGAACUUCUAAAUUGAUUUUAGAAAUGUAUGGUCAGGUUUCAGUAGUUCUUCAGCCAAAAGUUUUAAUUACUUUCUUCAUUUUCUGGAGUGAUGAUAAAAAAAAUAUAGCUCCAAAUAUUAUAAUUUUGUCAUUUUUUUACUGGUCAAUAUUAUGUUAAUGUUGCAAAAUCUAAGAAAACAUAAUAAUUCGAUGUGACUGUACAAACUUGUCAAAGAUAUAGGUACAUAUAUCGAUCUUCUACAAAAUAUCAAUUGGUAAAUAUAUGACUAUGAGGGAGGCUGCAAUGAUAAGCCUAAGUUGUUCAUUGCAUUAAAGUGGGUUAGCCACUCAGCCUACAUACCUACGUAAGAGGCAAUGCAAAGAAAACUGAUGUUGCAUGUAAGUAAACUUUAAGCCUAAUGGUGAAAUAGGAAUAUUAAGUUUUCCUGAGUAUUGUUCUUCAAGGGCUCUUAACUCUUCACUUCUUCAGUACCACUUGUUCUUAAAUUGCUUUGCUACUGGGUCUUGUUAGGAGAUGUAUCUAGGCCCUCCUAGCAAAAUUUUGAGUUAAAAAUUAACUGUUGAUGCUUUCUUUUUUGGUUGUGCUAAUCGAAGAUGCUAUGUUCUGUUUGACUUGAAAUGGUUGUAGGCUUGGAAACACUUCUGCACUACUUUAUUAACCUUUGACCUUCAGGCUUCAGGUCUUUAUGCAUAUUCUCUGACUUCUGGUUCGUUCUCUGGUUUAUUAAUGUAUUUUUGUUUUGUUUGACUUCUCAGUUUUUUGCGUUCACAAUGCAUAUGAAAUAUGAAAGUAUGAUACAUGUUCUUCUGUUUUUAAUCAACUUGUUUGGUGGUAUUUUCGGGAGUGGUAAAAUUCAGAUGGGCUUUGGGUUAGCCAAGAUCAUUGCAAGUCUUUAUAGUCUGUGUUUCACACUUAUUUGAUAUACCUACAAGAUAAAAUGAAACCGGCCUUCAUGUUAUUCUCAUUUUCUGUUGCUUUAUUUUCAUGAUAAUAUCAUCAUAGAUGUGGAAAUAUCAAAAUGUAUUUUAUCCACUUGAGCUUAAAUAGGUGAGGAAUGUUUAUGCAGUUAUUUUAAUGUAUAUUUAUUGAGAAUAUUCAUGUUAUCUAAAAGAAUGUUUAUGCAGUUAUUAUAAUGUAUAUUUAUUGAGAAUAUUCGUAUUAACUAAGAUAGAUAGGUUUCAAGUGCAUGCUGCGGCACGAGAACAUGCAGAACCUACUGGAACUUUUACUUAUAAACACUUUGACCUCAGUUUCAUUUGAGUUACGUUACUGUGCUAGUUAAUUUUCCUGUAGCAUGGCUGGAGCAAACUUUUUUUGUAGCAACGACUCUGCAGGUAAGGUCUUUGUUUUGGAUGCUAUUUCACAUGGUCGAUAUACUUUUCUUCACCAUUGCUUGUUACGUAAAUGUAUAUAGUUCAGUAAAUUAGUAUUUAUAAGUAAAAACUUUCCAUGUAUCAAAAGUCUUACUCCCUCCAUUUCUAAAUAUAAGGCUUUCUAGAUAUUCCAGUACGGACUACAUAUGGAGCAAAAUGAGUGAAUCUACACUCUAAAAUACGUCUAUAUACAUCCGAAUGUAGUCCGUAUCGAAAUCUCUAGAAGGUCUUAUAUCUAGAAAUGGAGGGAACCUUGGUGCAGUGGUAAAGCUGCUGCCUUGUGACCAUGAGGCCACGGGUUCAAGUCCUGGAAACAGCCUCUUGCAGAAAUGUAGGGAAAGGCUGCGUACAAUAAACCCAAAGUGGUCGGACCCUUCCCUGGACCCUGCGCAAGCGGGAGCUACAUGCACCGGGCUGCCCUUAUCUAGAAACGGAGGGAGUACAUGUUAUUGUCUGACUACUUAAUUAGCAGGUUGUUCACAAUGUAUAUAGUUCAGUAAAUUAGUAUUUAUAAGUAAAAACUUUCCAUGUAUCAAAAGUCUUACAUGUUAUUGUCUGACUAGUUAACCGAAUACUUCUGAAAUAUAUUGUGUCGGAGAGUUGUGUUCCUGGGUAUCUAUCAUAUCGACACUUCUAUGCAAGUCAAUCAGUAAUAUUCCAUUAUUUGGUUCGACUUGCCAUUAUCCUUUUUCUCAAUUGAAAGUGACACACCAUUUUAUAAACUGAAAGUAACAAUGAGAAAUAUGUUGUGUAAACAUUUGAGCAAAGAAUCGGAAUUGGCUGCCAAGUGAAGCUGCCAUCCCCAUUGGGUAAAUUUCCAUGAUACAGUGUUCUGAAAAGAUCCAUUAUUAUAGUGCACAUAAAGUGAUCCAAGUUAACAUGCAAAAAUAAUAAUAUGAAAUUCGUCCUUGAUAUGUAGAACCAAAAAGGGGAUAGUGAUCACUUGGAAAAAAAGGGGAUAGUAAUAUUUGUGCGCAUGAGCAGUACUCAUACUCAAGCUCCAUACAUAAGUAGCUUUAUUAGUGUUAUUUAAUCUUAAUAAGACAACAACAAGGUUAUUUAUCCAUACAUAUUUUAUUAGGGGUAGUCCUAUGCUUGAUCUGUGGGCUAAGGAGAAUUUCAUGUUUGUCCCUUCAGAUUUGAAUGGGUUCAAAGGAAACAAUUUUGUAAUUUCGCUUCCUCAUGAUGCAAGUGGACCUUCUAGAAGUCGGAAAGUUACUUUGUAUUUUGGAAUGUUUGGAAGUUCCUGAUUCUUUCAUGCAGCUAAAAGGGCAACAACAAACAGGUCUAUAAACAAAACACAUUAUCUUGCUCCUUCCAAUUCAUUUCCUUUUGCCAGCAUCUUAGAUAUCAUUGUUUAUUCUCUCCUUGAUCCUCUGUGUGGAACAAAGAGGCAAGAAGAAUAAGUCCUUUUUUGGUGGCGAAGGGGCAGUGCAAAAGUACAGCUCAUUCCUUGCACGACUGGUAGAUUCGAGUCAUGUGCAGCUCCUAAUUCCCUGAAUAUACGAAAAUCAGUUCCGAUUGAUGAGGAUAUCGGCAUCAGAUCACCCAAUGACUCAGAUUUGCCGGGUCAUUGCAAGACCGAUGUUGUGCAGAGUCAUUUGGAUUUCACAUGCUCUCUGAUUUUGAAGAUACGCCAUAAUCUGAAAAGAAGAUUGGAAGUGCCCACCUGUGAAUCUGUGAUGUCUCUGGUUUCCUCAGUUCUCAGUUUGUCUAGAUCUAUAUCACACUGUUUGGGUACUCGGAGCUCUUUCUUCUAUACACUCGUUCGCGAAAGGUAAAUGAUUGGUGCAAUUAUUGUGUAUCAGUGGCUUUGUUUCAAUUUGAUGAUGUGGUAUCAUAAGUAUGAAACAGACACGAAGGUUGCGGGCAGAUGCUGUUGAAAUAGGGGUGAUGGAAAGCUGUACAUUUUGAGUAUAAGAUGACAAGCAAUCGGGAUACACGGAGGACUGGAGGCAUUGUCCAAUCCCUUUUAAGCAUUUAAAAAUGUCCAGAUUCCCUCCAUCAUGGUCGUGCAAGCCUCUCCUUGCAACUCUAGUUUAUUGGGAGUGAAUUAUUCCAUUCCAACAACAUUCUCCACAAUUCAUAAUGCCUGAUCCUGUAUUAAUUGCUAAGAUAAGCCCAUGUUUGUCCUGGCUUUGAUUUGAACCUCAGAGGCAUGUUUUUUUCCUUGCCCUAUUGGUGCAUCGACGUUGCGGGAGAAUUCUCGGCAAUCAUUGUAACCGGCCUUGGGACACUUGCCACUCGAGCUUUGAUUGGCUUGACUUCUGAAGAUGUGUGAUCUUGGAUAAUUCACUAUCUUGUUGUCUACCAACUAGCAGUUGAAGUUUUCUAAACUCAUUAUUUGCCCAUCCCCAGGCCAUACUUGGAAGGGUCGUUGUCAGCACAGGUCAUACCCAGCCGUGGGUGUCCAUUUCUCUAAGCAUGAUCCUGCAUUUCUUAAUCCUGCAGCUGCUCUGUUUUCCUUCAGCAUUCUCAUCAGUAUAAAUGCACCUGUCCUAACCUGCAUUUUUGCUUCAGGAAGCACAAGUGUAUCAAACAGCCAAGUCCUCUCUCACACCCUACACUUAUAUCAGGAUGGAGUCUGGAGGAGUGAUUACUGAAGCGGGCUGGGACUCACUUGGCCUGACGUCGCAGGCGGAGGAGUCGGAGAUGAUGGAGCAGCUGCUUGGCACCUUCCCCUCCAACGGCGAGGAAGAACACCAGGAGCUGCCUUGGUCUGUUCAGGCCACACAUGCAUACUAUGCCCACUGUAACGGUAGCUCUAAUGCAUACAGUUCCGCUAGUAGCAACAGUGUUGGUAGUCUCGUCCUUGAUAUGCCGUCGGAUUAUGGGGGCUUCUAUUUGGGCGACUCAAAUGGGAUUGGCUCCUGUACCGCAGCACUUGACCUGAACAUGGUUCAGGAGCAAGGUGCGGCUCAGUUUAUGGAUGCCAUCUUCAACCCUUCAUAUGGGAAUGGCGAUUCAAGCUGCGACGAUCUUGGAGACUCGAGCAUGAACCUGCUCGACUCCAUCGACACGUCCAACAAGAGAAAGUGCCAGGAUCAGGGGAAAAUAGCUGACCAAACAAGUGGUCGGAAAUACUCAAGGAAGGCCGACUCGAAGCGGACAAAGAAGGCCAUGCAAUGUGAAGGUGACGAUGGCACCACUACUGACACAAACAAGCAAAGCUUGAGCUGCUGCACGUCUGAAAUUGACUCUAAUGCUUCUCAAGAGCCUCCUGUUGCCUCUAAGCCGAAGAGCAAGGCUCAGGCUGGCCGCCAGACAACAGAUCCCCAGAGCCUCUAUGCAAGGAAAAGAAGAGAAAAGAUCAAUGAGAGGCUGAAGGUACUACAGAACCUUGUUCCGAAUGGAACCAAAGUAGAUAUCAGCACUAUGCUUGAAGAGGCAGUGGAGUAUGUGAAGUUUUUGCAGCUUCAAAUUAAGCUCCUCAGCUCUGAUGAAAUGUGGAUGUAUGCGCCAAUUGCGUACAACGGGAUGAACAUUGGAAUCGACUUGAACCUCUCUCAGCACUGAUAAGACACUUCUAACAGUCUAAAAAAACAGCAGCUAUAUACUUAAAAACGUGAUUUGGGUUAAUUGGCUCAAGUGUUCGUUACUAACGCGCAAGUGGUUUCUGACCAAUAAGCUAUUCCGGGCAGUUGUAUCUCUCUCAGGCGUAAAUAGAGGCUGAAUACAAUGUUCUCCAGAAGCUUUUUUUGUAACUCCGGUUACUAAAGGAGUGUCAUGUAUGGCCCGGAAAAUACGCGAAAAAGACGAAUACUGAAUGUCGGAAGAGGCUCUGCAACUUGUGAAGACAAGGAAGGGCAACCUGUUCUUUUUCUCCUUACUUCAGAUGCGACUUCGCAUGAGAAGGCCGUGUCGUUUUUCUUCUUAUUUUUUCAGGUUUGCUCUAGUAGCAAAUUUGUGUCUUCACUAAAUACAGUGUUUAUAGCGUAUAUAAUGUGGUUAGCUGGAACUUGGGCGGUUGUCAGACAGCUAAUAAUGUAAGAUCGUGGCAUGAUGUGGCAGUUGUCAUAUAACAUGUUUUGUAAUGAUUACUGUGAUCACGUCAUUUUCUGCUAUACAGUUUGUGUUGAAACCUCAA